AUGGAUAAUGGAACCUCGAUCGUCGCUGGUCAGAUUCUAGAAGGGAGCAUUUUUGUGUUUACAGUGCUGGGGUGCUUUGGGAAUUCAAAUAUUGUUAUUGCUACCAUUAAAUUUAAAGAGCUCCAGACAAAAUGCGGUGAGUAUUAUAGUGUAUUAGUUCGUCGGGAAGAUAAUGUGGACUCGCACAUCGUCGCUUUGCGACGCUUUGUGAUUUGUGGCGUCACUUCGGCGAGGCGAGAAAUUUCGAAUUUCGCGACGAGUCCGCGUUAUUUUUCCGACCAACUGUUAGAAAAAUCGAAAUGUGCAUUGAGCUUUGAAAGUUUACUAGUAAUUCCAGGAUUUCUCUUGGCAAUUCUGGCCUGCUGCGAUGGGUCAAGUCUUCUCUUCGAAUGUUGGUCUGGAAUUCGACUCGUCACAGACACGGCAGCGAUGACUCAGAAGAAAUGUUUUGCCCUCCAAGUCGGAUAUAUUAUAGUCGAAAACACUGGAGUCUUUAUGAUUCUGGCAGUGUCCGUUGACCGACAAUUGGCGAUACAAACGCCGAUGAAGUAAGUUUUGAAUAAGGCUAUUUCCUAAAUUACUGAAGCUGUUAAAUAAGACAUUUAUUUGGCAGAUACCGACAUUGGGACACCAAGACCUAUGUGCUGAGAAUGAUAGUGAUCCCCGUUCUCUACGGCUUUGUUUAUCCCAUAUCCACCCUGGUUGUAGGGAUUGAUCCCAAUGAAGUCGUGGGAAUGUGCAAUCUCCCCACCUCUAUGCCUUACAUAGUAAGCGUUUAUUGGAAUUACCUUUCGACCGCUGCGUGUGCAGCAACUGUGCUUUGUUAUGCCAUCACUUACUUCAUGUUGUACAAAGUCUGUAAGAAAAUUAUUUUUGGGUUACUUUUCUUUUAGCUCCAGAGAAAUUAAAUGCAAAAUCAUCGCAGAUUAUGCAACAACGGAAGAUUGUGAACACGUUGAGUAUUAAUGUGAUUGGGUUUUUUAUUUCCUCGGUGGCUACUGCUUUGACAAUCUUGUACUUUCGGAAUUCCGGAGCUUCUCAAGACGUGAUAGAUGCCGCCGAGACUUAUGCAGCCAUUCCAGGUGGGCAUUUGUAAAAAGCAAUCUAUCAUUGCUGUCAACUCUCUAAACUACAGGCCUAAUAAGCUUCACAAUUAAUUAUUAUAUCUACUUCUGGAGAUCCAGCGACUACAGAAAAGCCUUUUCCCGGCUACUUCACUUAGAAAAGUACUUUGUAAAAGAAGUAAACAUUACAGUUGUUCCUCAAGUAAGUAGUCCAUGUUGAUAACUAAUUCUCAGAGCACUGCCAUAUCACUUCAAAGAACGCUUACAGUGGCAUAA